AUGAGCUCUGCCAGGGCAUGGAGAAGGCAGGGUAAUGUUUGGGCUAGGAGAAGGAGUGAUGAUGGAUUGGAGGGGAAGGGGCAAAACCAAGAUAUUUUGAGGGUGCUGGAGGAGGAAAGUGGGAUGCGAAGAGGAGAAAAAAAGGGGAGUAUUUUCGGGGAUCAUUUACAGUUUUUGUGGAUGUCAGUGGCUGAACAAGAAGGAGAUGAUGUUGUUCCAUAUUCAACAGGUAAAUGGGCCUACGAUGUGUUUCUGAGUUUCAGAGGAGUCGAUACUCGCAAGUGGUUUACGAGCGAUCUCUACCACUCUCUGAAAACAAGGGGAAUCCGAACCUUCUUCGAUGACGAUGAGCUUUCAGGAGGGAAAGAGAUUAAGCCCUCCCUCCUCAGAGCCAUCGAAGAGUCCAUGAUUGGCAUCGUGGUUUUCUCACCAAACUAUGCUUCCUCAUCAUAUUGCUUGGAUGAACUUGUCCACAUCAUGGAUUGUUGCAAGGGUCAUGAUCGAUUGGUUUUGCCAGUGUUCGUGGACGUGGAUCCAGCGCAUGUAAGGCAUCAGCUAGGGAGUUAUGGUGAAGCCAUGGCCAAGCAUGAGCAACAACACCGCGUUGACCACGCAAAACUCGAACAAUGGAGGCAGGCUUUAGCUGAUGCGGCCAAUUUGUCUGGCUGGGCUAUCCAACAAGGGUCUAAAUCUGAAUAUAUGUUUGUUCGAAAGAUUAUUGGAGUGGUGUCCAGAAAAAUCAAUCGCACCCCUUUGCAUAAUAUUGCUGGUCCUAAUUUCCUAGUUGGACUGGACGAUCAGAUGUAUAAAAUAAACACACUUCUUGAAUUGGAGCCCGACCAGAAAACCAUCAUGGUAGGGAUUUGGGGACACGGUGGAGUAGGUAAAACAACAUUUGCUCAAGCUGUAUAUAGUUGGAUCUCUGAUCAGUUUGAAGGCAUAUGUUUUCUUGCUGAUGUUACCCAAAAAUCACGUGACCUUGGCCUAGUGAGACUGCAAGAGAAACUCCUUUCUGAUAUACUUGACGACAAAAACAUCAAGUUUACAGAUGCAAGUCAAAUAAUCCCAAUACUAAAACGAAGGCUCCACCGCAUGAAGGUUCUUUUGAUUCUGGAUGAUGUUAGCAGCACGGAGCAGUUGGAGUCAUUAGCCGGAGAUGGUGAUUGGUUUGGUUCUGGUAGCAAAGUCAUCAUAACAACAAGGGAUAGACGUUUGCUUGAUUCACAGGGAGUUCAUAGCAGCUUAAGACUCGAUGCAUUAAAUUUCAACCAGGCUCUUCAUUUAUUUUGUUUGAAGGCCUUUGAAGAUAGUGACGCUGAUCCAGAUUAUAUGAAACUAUCAAAACGUAUAGUGAAUUAUUCCCUUGGAAUUCCAUUGACUUUGGAAUUAGUUGGUUCUAACUUGUUUGGUAAGUCAAUUUCUGAAUGGAAAUCUCUCUUGGACAACUGUGAAAGAUAUGCUCCGGAUGAUAUUCCGGGGCUCCUAAUAUUCUGCUUCCAAAAUUUGGAUGAUGAUGUGAAAACAAUUUUCCUUGACAUUGCAUGUUGUUUCAAUGGUUACAAACUGGACCACCUUGCUGAUUUGUUGCUAAGUGGUCGUGGUUUCUCUCCAAAAUACGCUUUGCAAGUGUUGAUUUCCAAAUCAUUCAUAAAGGUAGAUGAUGAUGGUGAGGUUAGAAUGCAUGACUUGGUACAGGAAAUGGGUAGGCGAAUAGUUUAUGCGGAAUCACCUGCAGAUCCUGGUAACAUCAGUAGAUUGUGGGCCUAUGAAGACAUUCUCCAUGUUCUAAGAAACAAUACGCUUUCCACCAACUUAGAUGUUGACACAAUUAGUACUAGUUUGGAUGCAAAUUGA